AUGGAAAAUUUUUAUCCAUUUAAUCGCCAAACCGAAAAUUUUCUCAAUUAUUCAGACGAUGAGAGAAGCACCAGUAAGGCUAGUAACCUUACUCACCGAGAAGAUAAUCUGUAUGAGGUCCCAGUUGGUAUAAUUAUCCUGUUGUCCAUUUGUUACGGGUCAAUAUCUCUCGUAGCCGUGAUUGGUAACUUCUGUGUCCUGUGGAUUGUCGCCACAAGCCGCCGGAUGCAGACGGUCACCAACUUUUUCAUCGCAAAUUUAGCCUGUGCUGAUAUCAUUAUCGGUCUUUUCUCUAUCCCGUUUCAGUUUCAAGCUGCUCUACUUCAGCGCUGGGUUUUACCCAACUUUAUGUGCGCCUUCUGUCCGUUUGUUCAGGUUCUGUCAGUCAACGUGAGUAUUUUCACUCUGACAGCCAUCGCCCUUGACCGCUACCGGGCAGUCAUGUCUCCGCUGAAAGCCCGCACUUCCAAACUAAGGGCUAAGCUCUCCGUACUCGGUAUCUGGGCUUUUUCUGCAGCUCUUGGGGUUCCCAAUGCUGUGGCUCUUCGUGUAAGUCUAUUAGAUGACCCCGCCACUGGGAACAAAACUAAACCCUUCUGCCAAAAUUCUGGAAUCUCACCUUUAGCUUGGAGAACGUACAACCACAUUCUGGUCUCCCUUCAAUACUUUGUGCCUUUAUUUAUAAUCAGUUACGCUUACAUUCGGAUGGGCAUACGACUAAGGCAAAAUCAGACUCCGGGCAAUGCUCAAGGACAACGAGACGCAAACAUUCUUCGAAAUAAGCAGAAGGUUAUCAAAAUGCUGUUCAUCGUGGUAGCUGUGUUUACCAUAUGUUGGUUACCAUUCCAAACAUACAAUAUUUUACAAGAAGUCUACCCUGCAAUCAACGAGUACAAGUACAUCAACGUUAUCUGGUUCUGCUGUCAUUGGUUGGCUAUGAGCAACUCCUGUUAUAAUCCCUUCGUGUACGCUAUUUACAAUGAAAGAUUCAACACGGAAUUCAGAAGUCGUUUCACAUGUUGUAAGACGUCGUUUCGAAGACAAGAAAAGGAUCAGAACGAACUUGACUAUUCCUUGUCAUCUAGAUACGGGUGACAAUUAACAGAAACUUUUUUAUAGGGAGAAAGACGAAGAGGUUAACUGCUCUGACAUAUGAAUAUAUAUAAAGUUUUUUAAUUAGCCAAGUGAAGACAAUCCACCGAAGAACGUAACUUGCUUUAGCAAGAACUUCUGCUACAAUAAAAAAUAAAUGUUCUUGUUAGCGGAUAGUAAAGGGAAAUAUCAAGUGUAAUAUACCUUUUUUCUGCUCUUCAAAUAGUUGCGUAUUGUUUACAUGAAACGUAACAUAUCAUUCGCUUAGAGAACAUAUUAAAGAACUGUGAAAUUACAUGAAAGAAACACUGGAGUUGUUAUAACUAUUUAAAGGAUAUUGAGGCAGUUUUUCACACAUAGAUACUGGAUGUAUAAUAGAAAAUCAGAUGGAGGUCAUUGAUGAAAACGUUGUUUUUUUUUUCUACAAUAAACAGAAUUACGCAAAAUUUUAAAGAAUACCCAACGAAAGACGGCUAUAUAAGACAUUUAAUGUCGAAAGUAGCUUCAGUGUUGGCUACGAAAACUAAACAUAUACGUCUGUAAAAGUUAACAUAAAUUAGUGACGUCGUAGCUUUUCAUGAAAUGCAUGAAUUUGCAUGAAAUAUAUGAAUAACUUUAUGUGUAUCUCUCUUUCUCUCUCUCGGGCUAAAACAAACAACUCAAGUUAAUAUCCAAGUUUCGAACUUAUUAGCCAGUUAAUAGGUUUCAUCUUCGUUAGUAUCGAAAAUGAGUUAAACCUGUGUUCUUGUUAUUUCAGAUAUAGAUUCGUCAUAAUACAAACAAACUAAAAUAUUUAAAUGGUAAACGAUGCGAUCGUAAUUAGAAUUAGAUUACAGAUAUCGGAUUCCACUCGUUCUGUAUACCCAUAUAAAUCAUUGAACAAAGAGGAAUUAAGCCACUAAAACAACAAUUUCUCGUUUUCGCAAUCGGUCGAUAUCUCUCUCCCCUUUCCAGAAGUUCAAAAAGGAUUAAUAGAACUGUCUAACGAUAAGUAACUAAUACCACUAAUGAAACGCUUACGUUUUCUUUUAGACUUUGUUCCAGUAAACAGUUUACGUUGUAAUUAAGGUAAACCAGCAAAUAAAUUGUUUUGUGAUAAGCAAAUAUAAUCCUCUUCUGACUUACCCGGAAGGUGAAAGCGAAGAGGUUGAUUGAGUGAGGAAACAAAAGAACCUCUUUCAUUAUAUACAAUCCAGUUUAAGAUGAAGCUGUUGAUAUCAGCUAAAUAGAAACAAUAGUGUCAAGACUUAUCUUGUUUUAGAACUGAAACGAAAAUAGUAUUCAAUCGAAAUUCACUUCCAGUUUCAAAAUGUGGAAACAUUCAUGAAAAUUAGAUCACGUUUUCCAUAGUUAGCGAUUGUGUGACAUAUAUAACGUACUGUACAGGAUCACGUGUUUCAGUACUAGCGGAUGAAACAGCAACCGUAGAAGAUUUAUUUUCUGUACUUAGGGAAGGAUGGUAGGUAGAACUGGAAUAAUAAGGAUUGUAUUGGUUUAAUUAUUUUUAUAGCAAGUCGUUUCGCAUUAACCGAUCCAUUCUUCAUAAGUGAAUACGAUUACUUUGUUCGUUGUCUGUGUAAGCCAAUUUUCUAAGAAUCAGAAUGCUUGGUCAAUAACAAAUAAAAUCUACAAAAAUAAUAAUUUUAUGGAUAAUGAAACGUAUUCUUGAAAUACUCAGAUUUAAACGCAAUUUGUGUUUAUCCCUUCCAGUCGUGGUAUUAGUGUUAACAAGUAAUACCUAUUUUGUACUUGUAAUUAUCGACGCAAUAUAAAACAUAUACCAGACAGAAGGUAUUAAAGUUAUAUAAUAUCACUUUGUUCAGCGUCCUUCUCCUAAAACAUUCUACAGUUAAUUACUUCCUACUUAAACUAGCAAGAAUCGUUAUUAAAUUCAGACGAACUGUUAAACCUUCUUUUAUCAGAAUACUUGCUCAUUAAUGAAAGUAGUAGAAGUUUUUAAUGCUGUAGAGAAACACAGUUUAAUAUAUGGGUAUAUGUUGCUAUAAUACGCAUUAAAGCUUAAACACAUUAAUCAUUAUUUAGCCAAUAAAAC